CUCGGCCAUGGAAGUGCUGCAAGAUCGCGCUCGACGGCUCUUGCGCAUCCUUGAUGUGAACCACGACGGUCGCUUGUCGGUGGAAGAGUGCGCUUGCCUGCAGGAAGAUUCAUGGCUCUUUCCGAACGAUGCAAGCUUUGAACAAGUGCUUGAUAGCACUGACCGAAGCUUCGUCGACGCGGAUUUGCUCUGGUCGCUGCUGUCAGAUAGGCUCGAGAGCGAUGCGACGGGAGGGGAAGAGUGGCUUCGGAAACAGUACCGCUUGCUGCGAUCUCGUCAACCUUCUAGUGGCAUUGAUGUGUCGAAGAGCUUCACGGGAUCCAAGAGUCUCUAUUGGAUGCGCUCCAAAUCAGCGCUGGGGUCGCUGGAGAAGCUGUGGGAGGACUUUUGCUCUGCCUUGCAGGUGGAGGACAUCGACCAAGCCUUCAGUGCACUUUGGACUUCGAUGCAGGAAGUUCAACUCAAUAGUUCCAAGCCGUUUGGCCCCUUUGAAGCCUACAGCAAAUUGCUUCAGAGGAUGCCACUAUCCAUUCCGAGAUUCCAGAAGCAACUGGACUCAGGUGCCGAUCCGCUGAAAGGUGAAAAACUGGCGGUGAUUGGUGCUGGCCCCAUUGGUCUCAGGGCGGCUUUAGAACUGGCCCUCUUAGGAGCAGAGGUCCAUGUCUUCGACAGCCGUGCAUCCUUUAGUCGCAUGAACAUCCUGAAGUUGUGGGAUUGGGCAGCCAGCGACCUCUUAGAACUGGGUGCCAAGCAUUUGUUGCCCAACUUCCUGACUUACAUGGAUCACAUUGGAAUCCGCGAAUUGCAGGCGUUGCUUCUGAAGCUGUGUUUAUUGGCCAAGGUGAAGUUUCACUGGAAUAGCGCUUUCAAAGCGAUGAGUAAAAUCCAGUCGCCUGUCCGAGAGCGCUUACAACUGGUCACUCAAAAGGUGUUGACCCAAUCUGGGAAGCCGACCGGACAGGAGGACGUCCAGACAUUCUCCAGCCUCGUUGCAUGCGAUGGUGGCAAGAGCAAGGUGGCCGAGCAUUUGGGCCUCAAACGUCACCGUGCGGACGGCCAAAGCGAAGAGCCCCGCAGUGAGAUCGCGGUGGUGGUAAAUUUUCAGAACCACAAGGAGGUCGAGGACCGCCUUCUUGUUGAAUGCCCACGUGGAGCUACUUCUGAUGAGAUUCCAUUGGUGAAGAGGUUGAUUUAUCUCCAAGGUGAGACGCAUUAUUUCAUCAUGACCGUGGACCUUGAUGUCCUGAUGAAGCAUGGUGUGGUUGCCAGCCAGGACUUAGUGAAUGUGAACCAGCAAAACCUGGAGAUUUUGGCACGACAGGUCGUGGAGCUCUACUCCUCAGAGGUACGCAGAAUCUACAGCGAGCACGACGGUGCGUUUGGCGUCGAUAUCCCCAGAGAUUUUUGGGCGCGGAGAUCGGUGGCCUUGGAUCCCUUGGGUCGGCCGGCCAUGUCGGUGUUUUCUUACCAUGCGGAUCUCACUUGGCUCUCUCAGCCUAUGUACCUCUUCGAUGAGAACUUGCCCGUCUUCUUCGCGGGGGAUGCCUUGCGAGAACCUUUCUGGCCCAUGGGCGAAGGUUGCAGCCGCGGCUUCAUGGGUGCCUUUGACACUGUGUGGGCUGUCAGGUGUUGGGCCAAAGGUCUUCGCGGGACGAGUCUCAUGAAGCUAAGAAGAAGCCUCUUUGACAUCGCCUCCCAGGUGAACCCCAAGAACUAUGGCAAGGACGUCUUUUUGCCUUACGAACAUGCCGCACCCUUUGCCGGCUUGGAAUGGCUCAGCGUGCCAGGACUCCGUUGGCCAGCGUGGGGCUUCGACGGUCGAAAACGACCCAUGAAGUACAUCUUUACAGUGGAUCCCAGAACCAGGUAUAUCUCCUACAAGGAAAAUCCUGAGGAGAAUCUGGAGCCGGAUACUGCAGCUUCGUUAAUGUGUUCGACGUGUUCAAAAUGACACGUCCGUGCUGAGCAUGGAAGCUGGUCACCUGGGCGGACAACAUCCGUGACGGUGACCGGGCGAAAUGGUGGCUCCACACUGACCUCCACGCGGACUUUCAGCACCAGAUCUGCUGGGAGUUGUUCCGAAG